GUGGGACUUAACCAGACGUAGAACCUGCUCUCCCUGUUUUUGCUCAGUACCUGCAACGGAUAGUCUGCCUGGCUUCAAGUCACCCAAGGGAGGCGAGGAGGGAGUCCAACUGGAUCAUGCUUUAGAACCUGGACACUCCAAGUCUGGUCGUCAUUCGUGGCUGAGCACAGAUUUCUGAACUGUCUCGCAGACACUGUCCUAUUGGAUGAGCAGGCACCUCUGGAAGAACCAGCUGAAUGAGAUGGUGCAGCCCAGUGGUGGCCCAGCAGGGGACCAGGACAUGAUGAGUGAAGAGCCUUCUCUGGGAAAACCACCAAUGCUCCAUCUGCCUUCAGAACAGGGUACUCCUGAGACCCUCCAGCGCUGUCUGGAAGAGAACCAAGAGCUCCGAGAUGCCAUCCGGCAGAGCAAUCAGGUGCUGAGGGAACGCUGUGAAGAGCUGCUGCAUUUUCAGGUCAGCCAGCGGGAGGAGAAGGAAUUCCUUAUGUGCAAAUUCCAGGAAGCCAGAAAGCUGGUGGAGAGACUGAGCUUGGAGAAGCUUGACCUGCGGAGGCAGAGGGAGCAGGCCUUAAAGGAUUUGGAGCACCUGAAGAAAUGCCAACAGCAGAUGGCUGAGGACAAGGCCUCCGUGAAAGCCCAGGUGACAUCAUUGUUGGGGGAACUCCAAGAGAGCCAGAGUCGUUUGGAGGCUGCCACCAAGGAGCAACAAAUUUUAGAGGGAAGGAUGCGAGCAGUUACUGAGCAGGUCAGACAGCUAGAGAGCGAGCGGGAGGUGCUGCAGCAGCAACACAGUGUUCAGGUGGACCAGCUGCGCAUGCAGAACCAGAGUGUGGAGGCUGCCCUGCGAAUGGAGCGACAGGCUGCUUCAGAGGAGAAGCGAAAGCUGGCUCAGUUGCAGGCUGCCUAUCACCAGCUCUUCCAAGACUACGACAGCCACAUUAAGAGCAGCAAGGGCAUGCAGCUGGAAGAUCUGAGGCAGCAGCUCCAGCAAGCUGAGGAGGCCCUGGUAGCCAAACAAGAAUUGAUUGAUAAACUCAAAGAGGAGGCUGAGCAGCACAAGAUUGUGAUGGAGACUGUGCCAGUCCUGAAGGCCCAGGCGGAUAUCUAUAAGGCUGACUUCCAAGCUGAGAGACAUGCCCGGGAGAAGCUGGUGGAGAAGAAGGAACUUCUACAGGAGCAGCUGGAGCAGCUGCAGCGCGAGGUCACCAAGCUGAGAGCUGGCUGCCAUGAGUCAGCCAGGAUUGAGGAUAUGAGGAAGCGCCAUGUAGAGACUUCCCAGCUCCCUUUACUCCCUGCUCCGGCUCACCACUCCUUUCAUUCGCCCUUGUCCAACCAGCGGAGGAGCCCUCCUGAGGAACCACCUGACUUCUGUUGUCCCAAGUGCCAGUAUCAGGCUCCUGAUAUGGACACUCUGCAGAUACACGUCAUGGAGUGCAUAGAAUAGGAGCAGCGGAUGCAAGGCCACCUGUAGUGCCACGCCCCGAACUAUGCAACUUGCGUUUUCCUGUUUUACUUGCAUAGUCUGCAAUUAAGGGCUGUUAAAGAGUGGGCCUCAGGGCCUAGCAGGACCCUUGCUUUAGGCCUCUUCAUCUGCUAGUCCUCCAUUAAGGUAGACAGCACCACUCAGGGCUGUUUUUCCCCUUUUCUUCUGUGUGCCUGAGCCACUUGCCUCUGGUGGCUUCUUCCUCCCUCUUCUCCCAUUUUCCUAGGGAGUCUAGAAUGGAGGCCAGGGGCUCUCAGGGAGCACCCCUUCUCCAAGCAGAGCUGAGUGUAGCUCUUCCGCCCUCCAGCUGGUGCCUUUCCUGCCUGGGAGCUACAGGCUCUCCUCCCGGGACAUGUGGCACUUAGGUUCAUAACCUGUGUUGUCUCGGAUGGACAUUUGGGACGUAUUCUGUCUUUUUGCUACUGUAAGUACUUGUGCACUGAUCUGUGUCUCCAUCUAGGACAAAUGCUUAGAUGUGGCAUUGGAGCCUUGCCGUGG